AUGGGGCAGCGCGCGGGCCGGGCCGUGUUGCUGCUGCUGGCGGGGCUGCUGGGCGAGGCGCGGGCAGGAUUCCCCAACACCAUCAGCAUCGGUGGACUUUUCAUGAGAAACACUGUUCAGGAGCACAGCGCGUUUCGGUUUGCUGUGCAGUUAUACAACACAAACCAAAACACCACCGAAAAGCCCUUCCAUCUGAACUACCACGUAGAUCACUUGGAUUCUUCCAACAGUUUUUCAGUGACAAAUGCUUUUUGCUCACAGUUUUCCAGAGGAGUUUAUGCCAUCUUUGGAUUCUAUGACCAGAUGUCAAUGAACACACUGACGUCAUUUUGUGGAGCCCUUCACACGUCCUUCAUCACACCCAGCUUCCCAACAGAUGCAGACGUGCAGUUUGUCAUCCAAAUGCGGCCAGCAUUAAAAGGAGCCAUCUUGAGUCUCUUGACCUAUUACAAGUGGGAGAAGUUUGUGUACCUCUAUGACACAGAACGGGGAUUUUCCAUUCUCCAGGCAAUUAUGGAAGCAGCAGUUCAAAACAACUGGCAAGUGACAGCCAGAUCUGUAGGAAGCAUAAAGGAUGUUCAAGAAUUCAGAAGAAUUAUAGAGGAAAUGGACAGGCGACAAGAAAAAAGAUACUUAAUUGACUGUGAAGUAGACAGAAUAAACACCAUUUUGGAACAGGUUGUAAUCCUUGGCAAACAUUCUAGAGGCUAUCACUACAUGUUAGCAAACCUGGGUUUCACAGAUAUUGUGCUGGAGAGGGUGAUGCAUGGAGGUGCCAAUGUUACUGGAUUCCAGAUAGUUAAUAAUGAAAACCCAAUGGUUCAGCAGUUUCUACAACGCUGGGUGAGGCUCGAUGAAAGAGAAUUCCCAGAAGCCAAAAACUCACCAUUAAAGUAUACAUCUGCCCUGACCCAUGACGCUGUCCUAGUCAUAGCAGAGGCUUUCCGUUACCUCCGAAGGCAACGUGUGGAUGUCUCCAGGAGAGGUAGUGCUGGGGACUGCCUGGCCAACCCUGCAGUACCAUGGAGCCAAGGAAUUGAUAUAGAAAGAGCGCUGAAAAUGGUGCAAGUCCAAGGAAUGACAGGGAAUAUCCAGUUUGAUACUUAUGGGCGGAGAACAAAUUACACAAUUGAUGUGUAUGAAAUGAAAGCUUCUGGAUCAAGAAAGGCUGGUUAUUGGAAUGAAUAUGAAAGAUUUGUGCCAACAUUAGAUCAGCUGCCCUCUAAUGACACUUCAUCUGUGGAGAACAGAACCAUAGUAGUCACUACCAUCCUGGAAUCACCAUAUGUAAUGUAUAAGAAAAACCAUGAACAACUAGAAGGGAAUGAGAGAUAUGAAGGAUAUUGUGUAGACUUAGCUUCUGAAAUAGCAAAACAUGUUGGAAUAAAAUACAAACUGUCAAUUGUUGGAGAUGGGAAAUAUGGAGCUAGGGACCCUGAGACUAAGAUAUGGAAUGGCAUGGUGGGUGAACUGGUCUAUGGGAGAGCAGAUAUAGCUGUUGCCCCCCUCACCAUAACAUUGGUGCGAGAAGAAGUCAUAGACUUUUCCAAGCCUUUUAUGAGCCUGGGGAUCUCCAUCAUGAUCAAGAAGCCUCAGAAAUCUAAACCGGGCGUAUUCUCUUUCCUGGAUCCUUUGGCUUAUGAAAUUUGGAUGUGUAUAGUCUUUGCUUACAUUGGCGUCAGCGUAGUUCUUUUCCUAGUCAGCAGAUUCAGCCCUUAUGAAUGGCACUUGGAAGACGGCAGUGAAGAACCACGUGACCCUCAGAAUCCUCCUGAUCCUCCCAAUGAGUUUGGAAUAUUUAACAGCCUUUGGUUUUCCCUGGGUGCCUUUAUGCAGCAAGGAUGCGAUAUUUCUCCAAGAUCUCUCUCAGGGCGAAUUGUUGGAGGAGUCUGGUGGUUCUUCACUCUCAUCAUUAUCUCUUCCUACACUGCUAAUCUUGCUGCCUUCCUUACGGUGGAAAGGAUGGUGUCUCCCAUAGAGAGCGCAGAGGAUCUGGCUAAACAAACCGAGAUAGCCUAUGGCACUUUGGAUUCAGGCUCAACCAAAGAAUUCUUUAGAAGAUCAAAAAUUGCCGUCUACGAGAAAAUGUGGUCUUACAUGAAGUCGGCCGAGCCCUCCGUGUUCACCAAAACCACGGCGGAUGGGGUGGCGAGGGUGCGCAAGUCCAAGGGGAAGUUUGCCUUCCUGCUGGAGUCGACGAUGAACGAGUACAUCGAGCAGCGCAAGCCCUGCGACACCAUGAAAGUUGGAGGGAACCUGGAUUCCAAGGGCUACGGGGUAGCCACCCCCAAAGGCUCAGCAUUAAGAAAUGCUGUUAACCUGGCAGUAUUAAAACUGAAUGAGCAAGGCCUCUUGGACAAAUUGAAAAACAAAUGGUGGUACGACAAAGGAGAGUGCGGCAGCGGGGGAGGUGACUCCAAGGACAAGACCAGUGCUCUGAGCCUGAGCAAUGUGGCCGGGGUUUUCUAUAUUCUUGUCGGAGGCCUUGGGCUCGCCAUGAUGGUGGCUUUAAUUGAGUUUUGUUACAAGUCUCGGGCAGAGUCCAAGCGAAUGAAACUCACCAAGAACACCCAAAACUUUAAGCCUGCUCCCACCACCAAUACCCAGAAUUACGCUACGUACAGAGAAGGCUACAAUGUGUAUGGCACAGAAAGCGUGAAAAUCUAGGGAUCCUCGCUCUGACAGCGUGCAGGAGGAGAAGCAGCAGAGAAUGUGGCUACUUCAUGGAUUCGGACCACCUGAGCCAGUCGCACUCUAGCCGAGGUGUCAGGUAUGACACGCAUUGAUGAUGGUGCAAUGAACUUUUAAUAGGAAAAACUGAUUUUUUUCCUUCAGUGCCUUAUGGAAGACUCUGAGACUCACAACAAUGCAAAACCAUCACUGAAAUAUUCUUGCUUUGCUUGAAAAAAGAAAAAGGAAAAAGAAAAGGAAAGAGAAGAAAAGAAAGGAAGAAAAGAAAGGAAGAGAAA